AUGGGAGCCAAUCGUUGCCUUUGCUGGGCCUCAGUUUUCCUUCUAGGAGCCAGGCCCACCUUGUUCCCCUCACUCUUCCCCCGUGUGACUGAGACACUGUGGUUUAAUCUGGAUGGACCCUGUGUGGAGGAGACAGAGCUGCAGCAGCAAGAACAGCAGCAUCAGGCCUGGCUCCAGAGCAUUGCAGAGAAAGACAACAACCUGGUACCUAUUGGCAAGCCGGCCUCAGAGCACUAUGACGACGAGAAAGAGGAAGAUGAAGAUGACGACGAGGAUAGUGAAGAGGACUCAGAGGAUGACGAGGACAUGCAGGACAUGGAUGAGAUGAAUGACUACAAUGAGUCACCUGAUGAUGGAGAGGUCAAUGAGGUGGACAUGGAAGGCAACGAACAGGAUCAGGACCAGUGGAUGAUCUAGGUAGACAAGAAAGGGGGUCCAAGGAUGGCCCUGGACCUCCUGUAGAACCAGCUGAUCACCCACCCCCAUGCCCCACCCCAGUGCCUGAAUGCUCAUCCUCGGGCACUUCCUCAGCUGCUGCCAGGACCUGAUCUUGG